UACUAAAGAAUUCAUCAAAAGAGUUUAAAUACAAAUAAAAAAAAUAUUUCCAAUAGUAUUAAUUUUCCAUCAAAGACUUAUCAACUAAUCACAUAUUACAUAGAAUGGGAUUAAUUUUCCAUCAAAGACUCUUAACGAUGACAAGUCCAUUUAACAUUCAUACCAAAAUAAAUAAAACGUCGUCGGCGCACUUACACGGUGUCGUUUCAGUGAGAGCACUUCGUCACACGUUCCUUUUAUUUAUUUAUUUUCCUCCGUUUAGUAAUUUCCACUCAUCUUCCUUCAUCCUCAGAUCUGAUCAAUUUCUUCCCGGGAAAAUCAACAAACAAAUCAUCAAUCAAUCCCUGCAAUUUCCAUUCUCCUCCGGUGAAGCUAACCGUCGGAAACCCAAUUGAGAGAAUGUCGCACAACGACACAGUUCCGCUAUACCAAUCGUCCCAGUCAGACAUCGACGAGAUCGAGAACAUGAUGAGCGAAGGUUUCCAAUCGGGACCCGGGUCAGUCCUCCCCGCCCGUCCGCCGAGCCCGAUCCGUCCAUCGAUACCCGUCACAUCCUCCCCCUUGGUCCAAUCCAACCUCCCGCCGCUUCCCCCUGCCCAGAAGGUGACGCCUGUUCCCGUCCCUCCGUCGGGAAGCAGCGGCUCGGAAGGUGGGAAGGCGAUCGGGUUCGGGUCUCCGCCGAACACGUUGACGGAGCCGGUGUGGGAUACGGUGAAGAGGGAUCUGGCGAGGAUAGUGAGUAAUCUGAAGCUGGUGGUGUUUCCGAAUCCGAAUAGGGAGGAUCCGGGGAAGGCGCUUAGGGAUUGGGAUCUGUGGGGUCCGUUUUUCUUUAUCGUCUUCUUGGGGCUCACUCUCUCUUGGUCCGCUUCCGUUAAGAAGUCCGAAGUAUUUGCCGUGGCGUUUGCACUACUUGCAGCUGGGGCAGUGAUCCUCACACUAAAUGUGCUGCUCCUGGGAGGACAUAUAAUCUUCUUCCAAAGCCUGAGCCUUUUGGGCUACUGUCUAUUCCCACUGGACGUUGGAGCAGUGAUCUGCAUGUUGAAGGACAAUGUGAUACUCAAAAUGAUAGUUGUGUGUGUGACUCUUGCCUGGAGCUCUUGGGCCGCUUAUCCUUUCAUGAGCGCCGCUGUGAACCCAAGAAGGAAAGCUCUCGCACUUUACCCGGUCUUCCUCAUGUAUGUCUCUGUCGGCUUCUUGAUCAUUGCCAUUGAUUGAUUCCAUCUCGAAAAAAAUGGAAAAUCAGAGAUAUUUUUCCUUUGAUUCAGUUUGAAAAUCAUGUGGUAUAGAGUAGAUAGAGAAUUCUCCAACGCGAACUAAUCUGAGUUUUAAUGAGAGACCAUAUGUAUAAUAUGCUCUUUAAACACUUUUUUGUUAUACUCUGGUUGACUUUACUUUAUUUGUAUAAGACCUUUGAUUAUAAGACAAGGCUGUUUUGUUUA